CGCCGCCAUUUUCCCAGAGCGAGAAGCAGUGACACUGAGCGGGCGAAGGGGGCCGAGUCGGAGACCGUGCCUGAGUUCGGGAGCGGCAACAGAGGGGGCAUAGACACACCGAACAACCUCGCCGCCGCCUCUGCGUUCUUGUUGACUGCCUGGGUGCCCCCUCCCCUACUCCUUGGUUCCUGGCGAAGAGGCUGCGCGCUGCUGUUUGGGGAGGGGGUGUGUGGAGCCGGGUCCUGUGUCCGCAGUGGCUGCUGUCGGGGGUUCGUCUGAUUGCGAAGGUGUGGAGAGACUCCUUGGGGGUCGAGCAAAUAACGGGGUUCGGGUGUCUGGUGUGUGAACAUCACAGGUCUAUUCUGGAUAGCAGGUUUUGUGAAGACAUUUAUUCUUUCUUGGACCUCAGAUUUCCCAGACAUCUCAUGGGUUUGUGGAUGCACUUAGAUGUUUGCAAUGAGCACUGUGGCUGGCAUGCCCCAGUGUUUUGGAUACCAAUGCAUAGGACUCCAUAGUAAUCGAAUUUACCAGAGGCGAACGUCAUGAGCAUAGUGAUCCCAUUGGGGGUUGAUACAGCAGAAACGUCAUACUUGGAAAUGGCUGCAGGCUCAGAACCAGAAUCCGUAGAAGCUAGCCCUGUGGUAGUUGAGAAAUCCAACAGUUAUCCCCACCAGUUAUAUACCAGCAGCUCACAUCAUUCACACAGUUACAUUGGUUUGCCCUAUGCGGACCAUAAUUAUGGUGCUCGUCCUCCUCCAACACCUCCAGCUUCCCCUCCUCCAUCAGUUCUUAUUAGCAAAAAUGAAGUAGGCAUAUUUACCACUCCUAAUUUUGAUGAAACUUCCAGUGCUACUACAAUCAGCACAUCUGAGGAUGGAAGUUAUGGUACUGAUGUAACCAGGUGCAUAUGUGGUUUUACACAUGAUGAUGGAUACAUGAUCUGUUGUGACAAAUGCAGUGUUUGGCAACAUAUUGAUUGCAUGGGGAUUGAUAGACAGCAUAUUCCUGAUACCUAUCUAUGUGAACGUUGUCAGCCUAGGAAUUUGGAUAAAGAGAGGGCGGUGCUACUACAACGCCGGAAAAGGGAAAAUAUGUCAGAUGGUGAUACCAGUGCAACUGAGAGUGGUGAUGAAGUUCCUGUGGAAUUAUACACUGCAUUUCAACAUACUCCAACUUCAAUUACUUUAACUGCUUCAAGAGUUUCCAAGGUCAAUGAUAAAAGAAGGAAAAAAAGUGGGGAGAAAGAACAAAACAUUUCAAAAUGUAAAAAAGCCUUUCGUGAAGGAUCUAGAAAGUCAUCAAGAGUUAAGGGUUCAGCUCCAGAAAUUGAUCCUUCAUCUGAUGGUUCAAAUUUUGGAUGGGAGACAAAAAUCAAAGCAUGGAUGGAUCGAUAUGAAGAGGCAAACAAUAACCAAUAUAGUGAGGGUGUCCAGAGGGAGGCACAAAGAAUAGCUCUUAGAUUAGGCAGUGGAAAUGAUAAAAAAGACAUGAAUAAAUCAGAAUUGAACACCAACAAUUUACUCUUCAAACCUCCUGUAGAGAGCCAUAUACAAAAGAAUAAAAAAAUUCUGAAAUCUGCCAAAGAUUUGCCUCCUGAUGCACUUAUCAUUGAAUACAGAGGGAAGUUUAUGUUGAGAGAACAGUUUGAAGCAAAUGGAUAUUUCUUUAAAAGACCAUACCCUUUUGUUUUAUUCUACUCAAAAUUUCAUGGGCUAGAAAUGUGUGUUGACGCAAGAACUUUUGGGAAUGAGGCUCGAUUCAUCAGGCGUUCUUGUACACCCAAUGCAGAAGUGAGGCAUGAAAUUGAAGAUGGAACUAUACAUCUUUACAUUUAUUCUAUACAAAGUAUUCCAAAGGGUACUGAAAUUACUAUCGCCUUUGAUUUUGAUUAUGGGAAUUGUAAGUACAAGGUGGAUUGUGCCUGCCUCAAAGACAAUCUAGAGUGCCCUGUUCUGAAACGUAGUUCUGAAUCUACGGAAAAUAUCAACAGUGGUUAUGAGACCAGAAGGAAAAAAGGAAAAAAAGACAAAGAUAUUUCAAAAGAAAAAGAUACACAAAAUCAGAAUAUUACUUUGGAUUGUGAUGGAACAGUCAACAAAAUAAAGAGUCCAGAAACAAAACAGAGAAAGCUUUCUCCCCUGAGAUUAUCAGUAUCAAAUAAUCAGGAACCAGAUUUUAUUGAUGAUAUAGAAGAAAAAACUCCUAUUAGCAAUGAAGUAGAAAUGGAAUCAGAGGAGCAGAUUGCAGAAAGGAAAAGAAAGAUGACAAGAGAAGAAAGGAAAAUGGAAGCAAUUUUGCAAGCUUUUGCCAGACUUGAAAAGAGAGAGAAAAGACGAGAACAAGCUUUGGAACGGAUCAGCACAGCCAAAACUGAAGUUAAAACUGAAUGUAAAGAUGCACAGCUUGUCAGUGAUGCUGAAGUUAUUCAGGAACAAGUAAAGGAAGAAACUGCUAACAAGCCAACCCCUGCCAAAGUGAAUAGAACAAAACAGAGAAAAAGUUUUUCUCGAAGUAGGACUCACAUUGGACAGCAGCGUCGGAGACACAGAACUGUCAGCAUGUGUUCAGAUAUCCAGCCAUCUUCUCCUGAUAUAGAAGUUACAUCACAACAAAAUGAUAUCGAAAAUACUGUACUUGCCAUAGAACCAGAAACUGAAACUGCAGUAGCAGAAAUAAUUACUGAAACUGAAGUCCCAGCACUUAAUAAAUGUCCUACAAAGUACCCCAAAACAAAGAAGCACUUGGUCAAUGAAUGGUUAAGUGAGAAGAAUGAGAAGACAGGAAAGCCUUCAGACAGCCUUUCAGAAAGGCCUCUGCGUAUAACUACAGAUCCAGAAGUGUUAGCUACACAGCUCAAUUCUUUACCAGGCCUCACUUAUAGUCCCCAUGUAUACUCUACACCUAAGCAUUAUAUUAGAUUUACUUCACCAUUCCUUUCAGAAAAAAGGAGAAGGAAAGAACCUACUGAAAACAUUUCUGGCUCAUGCAAAAAGCGAUGGUUGAAACAAGCUCUAGAAGAAGAAAAUUCAGCAAUUUUACACAGAUUUAAUUCACCCUUUCAAGAAAGAUCCAGAAGUCCUACAGUCAAUGGUGAAAAUAAAAGUCCACUACUAUUAAAUGAUAGCUGUUCCCUUCCAGAUUUAACUACACCACUAAAAAAACGAAGACUUUAUCAGUUGCUAAAUUCUGUUUACUCAGAAACCUCCACACCUACUCCUUCACCAUAUGCUACACCAACUCAUACGGAUAUUACUCCUAUGGACCCAUCAUUUGCCACUCCUCCACGGAUAAAAUCAGAUGAUGAAACUUGUAGAAAUGGAUAUAAACCUAUAUAUUCACCAGUUACUCCAGUAACUCCUGGUACACCAGGAAAUACCAUGCACUUUGAGAAUAUUUCUUCCCCAGAAAGUUCUCCAGAAAUAAAGAGACGCACUUACAGCCAAGAGGGAUAUGAGAGAUCUUCAACCAUCUUAACUUUGGGGCCUUUUAGAAAUUCUAGUUUAACUGAGUUGGGUCUGCAAGAAAUAAAGACCAUUGGUUAUACCAGCCCUAGAAGUAGGACUGAAGUCAACAGGCAGUGCCCUGGAGAAAAGGAACCUGUGUCAGACCUUCAACUGGGACUGGAUGCAGUUGAGUCAAGCGCUUUACAUAAAACAGUGGAAACACCUGCACAUGACAGGACUGAGCCUAACAGCCAACUGGAUUCGACUCACUCUGGACGGGGCACAAUAUAUUCUUCCUGGGUAAAGAGUCCUGACAGAACAGGAGUUAACUUCUCAGUGAACUCCAACCUGAGGGACUUGACACCCUCACACCAAUUGGAGGUUGGAGGAGGCUUCCGAAUAAGUGAGUCAAAGUGCCUGAUGCAGGAUGAUACUAGAGGCAUGUUUAUGGAAACAGCUCUGUUUUGUACUUCCGAAGAUGGGCUUGUCUCUGGUUUUGGACGGACCGUUAAUGACAAUUUGAUCGACGGGAAUUGCACACCCCAGAAUCCACCACAAAAGAAAAAGGUUUCUCUAUUAGAAUACCGUAAGAGACAACGUGAAGCUAGGAAAAGUGGCUCUAAGACAGAAAACUUUCCUCUGGUUAGUAUAUCACCUCAUGCAAGUGGAAACCUGAGCAACAAUAGUGAUGGGUGUGUCCAAAGUAAUGAAACCGGAGAACAGGCAGAAAACACAGCUAGCCUGCCUUUACCAACACCAGCUGCAGUUUAUAAUGCUACUUCUGAAGAAACCAGCAAUAACUGUCCUGCUAAAGAAGCUGCCAGUGAGAAGAAUGAACCUGAAGUUCAGUGGACUGCCUCCACUUCAGUGGAACAAGUGAGAGAAAGGAGUUACCAGAGAGCUUUACUUCUUAGUGAUCACCGAAAAGAUAAAGACAGUGGGGGAGAAUCACCUUGUGUCUCAUGUUCACCGAGUCAUGUUCAGUCUUCACCUUCAUCUCAUUCAAAUCACAUUUCCCAGUUGCAAGCUAAAGGCCUAGCCCCUUCUUUCAGUGAACUCAUGGAAGACCCUGACUCUGAAAAUCCAGAACCCACAACUACAAAUGAAUGUCCAUCCCCAGAUACGUCUCAAAACACUUGUAAAAGCCCUUCAAAAAUGAGCAAGCCUGGUUCACCGGGACCUGUAAUUCCUGCUCAACCACAUGGGAAAAUACUCACAAAACCAGAUCCCCAUUGGGAGACAACAGUUAUUGUAUCAGAAGCUGAGAACAAUGUUCACCUAAAAACAGAGCUCCAAMAAAAACAGCUAUCAAAUAACACCCAAGCACUUUCAAAGAACCAUCCUCCUCAGCCACAUGUUCGCAGUUCAUCUGAGCAACUUUCACAAAAGCUGCCUUCUGCACCAACGAAGUUGCACUGUCCUCCAUCACCCCACAUAGAAAACCCUCCUAAGCCAUCUACGCCUCACACACCUGUACAGCAUGGUUAUCUCUCACCAAAGCCUCCUGCACAGCAGUUAGGAUCUCCCUACAGGCCUCAUCAUUCACAGUCACCUCAAGUUGGAACCCCUCAGCGAGAGCCUCAGAGAAAUUUUUAUCCAGCAGCACAGAACCUUCAAGCCAAUACUCAGCAGGCAACUUCUGGAACAUUAUUUACACAGACACCCUCAGGACAAUCUUCAGCAACAUACAGUCAGUUUAACCAACAAAGUGUGAACAGCACGGCACCACCACCCCCACCCCCUCCGCCUCCUUCUUCGGCUUAUUAUCAAAACCAGCAGCCCCCUGCAAACUUUCAGAAUUAUAAUCAGCUCAAAGGUAGUCUUGCCCAACAAACUGUGUUUACAUCAGGACCAAAUCAAGCACUUCCUGGCACCACAAGCCAGCAAUCAGUUCCAGGACACCAUGUUACUCCAGGGCAUUUUUUGUCCUCUCAGAACCCCACCAUUCACCAUCAAACUUCUGCUGCUGUCGUCCCACCCCCUCCUCCUCCACCACCUGCUCCAGGACCACACCUUGUACAACAGCCGAAUUCCCAUCAGCAACACUCUGUAGCACAUGUAGUAGGGGCAGUUCAUGCUGUCACUCCUGGGUCACAUAUGCAUUCUCAAACUGCUGGACACCAUUUACCACCACCCCCUCCACCCCCUGGUCCUGCCCCUCAUCACCAUCCACCACCCCAUCCUUCCACAGGACUCCAAGGUCUACAAGCACAACACCAGCAUGUUGUAAAUUCAGCACCCCCACCUCCUCCUCCCCCUCCUCCGUCCAGUGUUUUGGCUUCUGGGCAUCAUACGACAUCAGGCCAAGCUUUACACCACCCACCUCAUCAAGGACCUCCACUUUUUCCUUCAAGUGCUCAUCCAGCUGUACCACCGUAUCCCUCACAAGCUACACAUCAUACCACUUUGGGACCGGGACCCCAACACCAGCCUUCUGGAACAGGGCCACAUUGUCCAUUACCUGUUGCAGGUCCUCAUCUCCAGCCCCAAGGACCAAACAGUAUUCCAACACCUACUGCUUCAGGGUUCUGUCCUCAUCCUGGCUCUGUGGCCCUGCCACAUGGGGUGCAAGGACCUCAGCAGGCAUCGCCAGUGCCUGGACAGAUUCCAAUUCACAGAGCACAGGUGCCACCAACGUUUCAGAACAAUUACCAUGGUUCAGGGUGGCAUUAAAAUGGACUCCAAAAACAUUUUUUAAAAUGUUCUGUAAGAUAAACUGUAUAUUUCAUAUGUACCUAUUAAGGUACUUUUUAAAGCUUGUACAUGAAACUUUGUAUAAAAAAAAAACAAAAACAAAAACCAGUGCUCUUUCAUUGUAUUUUUCCCAUUUUUGCUUUUUAAAAUUCCUUAAAAAAAAAAAAUGUGCUAAGCCAGUAUUAGGUAUCUUUAUUUUAUAAGUGAACAUUCCAGCUGUUUUCUGGCAAUAGAUUUGAUGCUACAUGAUCUUUAAAUUUUAUUGUUGCAGUUGAAUUCAUUUAGUGAAUGUUUUCUAUAUUAUUUUCUACAUAUGCAUUAAGUACACAGCUAAGUAAUGGCACUAUGAAGUUUUUUUUUUUUUUUUUUUUUUGGUCAGCAGUUCUAUGAGUGCAACUUAGGUAUAAAAUGCAAUACAGAUUUUUAUAGUUUGGUGUGGACAUGGCUCAUUUUGUUUUAUCAGUUAUUUGCAAGCAGAAUGUAAUUUAAUGUAUAGAUGAUUUCUAAUGUCUCCUGACAAACUGUAAAUACUGCAUUUCUUUUGCGUAUAUAAUUGCUUACAGCUUUUUUCAUUUGAUAUAUAGCAUUGUACAUAUGACAAGUCUUUUGCAAAACUGUGUGAUCUUUGUGAAAGUAGUACAGUAUAUGACCUUUCAUUUCUUUUUUAUUUUAAAUAUACUGUCACAUUGAAGCACUGGUUGGGCAUUUUAAUUCAUGUUAAUAAAUCACAAUUAUGUCAGUUUUACCAGAUUGUCCUGUACAACUUCUAAGAUGGGGGUCUGCUUGACUGAUUUUAUGAGAGUUACAGUUUUCAAAUACAAUUUGUAAAGAAACUUAAAUUUUCUGUAGUGACUACUACCUCAGGAGGAGAGCUAGAGGGAGUAAGAGGUUGUUCCCAUCAUGGUUUCUACUUGCCAUUUAUGCAGGAGCAAGAAUCACAGGAAAUUAAAUAGUCAUGCUGUGUAAGUCUACUUAAGUAUGUGACACCACAAUGAAUCCAGACCACUACCGAUUUACACACGAUAAAAAGUUACAGACUGCAAUUUACAAGUUAUUUAAAAAAAAAUUAGUAUGCCUAAAAAACAGCAAUAUCUAAUUUGCACAUUUUAGAACACGACUGAAAUAUUGAUAAGUGAAACGGGUGUCUUUAAAUUUGGCUUGGGUAUACAAAACUAAAGGGAAAUGGCAUUAUUUAAGAAAAAUAAAUGGCCUCUCAAGUGAAUUUUUUGUUGCCUAAAUAUAAAAUGCUAGUUMAAUUUUGAAAAUAAAAAUUCCCAGCCUUUGCCUUCUACUUCUUAGGUAUACACUAAUUAAGUGUAUACAAUAGCAAUGACACUGUUUUUAUCAACAUUUUUCAUCAUCCAAAUACUUUGACAUAAUUUGGGCACUAUAUACUAUACAUAUUUUGUGCAUUAGGAGAAAAAAAGUAAAUAGACUUAAAAAAAUGAAUGAGAUUUGGUAUGUUUUAAGAUUUUAAUUUCCAUUUCCUUUUGAAAAUUAGCUGACGAUGGUGCAUCAAUACAGCUUAUCUAGAGUUCAAUCCUAAUGAGCUUUAAGAACAAAGGUCAACUUUGCCAUCAUUGAUCUUCAAACAAAACGCUGCUUAUGUUAAUGACUAAAAAAACAUUUGAGAAGAAAUGAGUUUACAUCAUCUGUCCCUCUCGAUAGUUUCAAACACAGCAAAGUUAACUGGCAUGUGAAAUAUCAAUAUUCAUCUCUUUAGAAGGCCCCCACCUAAAGCAUUUUUAUUCCUACUUUGGCCUACUACAAAACUAAUAUAUACAUAAGCUUCUGUGUAAAACCGUGAAACAGUAAAUAAAUUCUUUGACUCUUUGAUGGACACAUACAUUCUUUAAACAUUGUCCUCUACCAAACUUUCAUUUUAAAAAAGAGAAAAAAAUAUGAAAUUUUAGGAAAUAAUAUACAGAAAUAAACAGUUUCUCUAUGCCCAUGGAAAGUUCCCAUACUUUAUCCCAUUAAUAAGUUAUGUAUGGUCCAAGUACAGGAAGAAGCAAGUAGUACAUCAGUUUUCACCUAAAAGUAUAUGCCCCUUUGAAGUUCUUAAUAUCCAUUUGUUCUUGGCCCUUGAGCAGUACUGUUGGCCAAUGUGCAGACAGCCAGGUUCUGAACUGGCUAUAAUCCCCUAUGUGAUCCACUGCUUGCAACUUUCCAUGAAGACUUCACAUGGACCACAGGAAAAAAGAUAGGAUAUUCAAUGAAGUUCACUAAGCAGGCUACAAUAUUUAGCACAACUAGUGGUUCUCCUUUGCCUUGUAUGCAUUCUUUAUCAACAAGCCACCAAGAAUCUGUUAAAACCAUAUAGUUCCUAAUACAAAUGUAAUUCCUUCUAGAACAACUGUUUCUACAUAGAAAACAAGUUAGUAUUUAGGCUAUUUUAUCAUAAGGAUACCACCUUAAAAUUAGUUUUCUUCCUAACAUGAACUAAAACUGCAUUAGACAAAUUUCAUUCAAGUAUACUCUAACCUUCCAGAAAAUUCUUACCCAGAGGACACAUAUGUACUCUGGCUCCUGUAAAAAUGUUUCCAGUGCAAUUCGUGCAUAAUAGCAUCACUGGUCAUAGAAUCUACACGGAAACCUAUAGCCUCACUAGAAAAACUUAGCAUGAAGAUCUCGUCAAUGAAUGGUUCAUUCUACCUCACAGCAACAUAAGAUAUAAUGCCAGUUCCUAAGAGGAUUGUCUCUCUCAUUCCCUCAGAGUGAAUGCUGUUAAGGAAAAUUUGAGAAGUUUAAAAUGCAGUUAGUAUGUUUUUGAUGAAACAUGGAUAAAAAAGAUGACAAGUUGAAGGUAAUGAAUCUAUACUGUUAUCAUCUUUCCUAAAUACUUUCUGCCCUCAAAAAUAAAUGAUUUCCUUAUAAUAAGCUUUAAUGCAUGUUCUACAACUAUAUAUGCUGCAGCAAGAAUGUUGGUAUUCUUUUUAGUUUGGAAGACACUGAAAGCAAAUGUUUGUUGAUCCUGUCACUUCAAAUAUAGGGCAAUGACCAAGGCAA